GCCUCGCAUUCCACCACUUCCUCUGCAUUAAAGAUCCUGCAUUCAUUCCCCACAGUUGCUGCGAUAAACAAGUAAUUAAUGCCUCUUUUCACUUUCUCCUCCGAAAUAGUGAAAUCUGAAUCUGUCCAGCAAUGUACGACUACAAAAUCCACAUGCCUUCCUUUAUUAUUCUCACUCACCAUAAAUGAUCUCCCCAUACUGUAUUAUGUACUUAUAUAAUAUAUAUUUCAAGAUUGGGUGCGCGUGGACUCUCUCCUUAUCUCCAUGGAUUUCCUGCUGAACUGUGUCGUUCGCUCAAUCAUUUUUUCUUUUUUUUAAAACUUAUUUAUUGUGAAGCUCUCUCAUGGGUUGAAAAGGAAUAGUGCAACAACAGAUACACUUCCUUUCUUGAGGAAAAUUUCUGGAUUUCUGGUCUUGGUGAUUCUUUCAACAUUAUGAAGAUUUCUGGGUCUUGGAUUUUGCGCUUGCUAAUUGUGACAGCUCUAAUGCUCCUUAACUUCUCAAGCAGCAGAACCAGCUCGUCGAUUGUCGAUGUUUUAUUCACUGGCAACAAUGGCUAUGGUUCCAGAAGGAUUACGACAAUUGCUAGCAGGAAGUUGAAGGAGCUGAGCACUGAUGGAAAGAGCAUCAACAGCAACUUGAAUCUGGACGAUUACCACCCCAUUGAUCCGGUUCCAAGUUCGAAGGCUUCCAUAAGACCUGGACCUAUAGAGCAUGGUACUCCGCUUAACCCAUUUAUUCCUAAGCCAUCUCCUCCUAGUCAUCCUAAAGAUGCUGGUUCCACUUAGCUUGCUAGCAUCCGGUUCCAGUGACGGAUAUCAUGAGAAAGUGAAGAUCCUAGUAAGUUAUUUUGUGCAACGACUUGCUUACUGUAAUGUGUUCAUCCAGACAGCUGAAGUUACUUACAUAUUUUGUGUGUCAUGCGUUGAUGUGCUUGUAAUCGAUGCUUUCGCCAUGCGAGAGUAUUUUGUGUCCUUGAAAUAACUCAUGUAGCUUGUUCUACCUAUGAAUCUAUGAUUGUUAUCUA